AUGGAGGUCCUAAGAGUACAAACAAUAGCUCAUCAAUCCAAAGACUCAUCAAUCCCCUCCAUGUUCGUCCGAGCAGAAAACGAACAACCGGGAAUAACAACCGUCCCCGGUGUCAAACUCGAGGUGCCGAUAAUCGAUUUCAGCAAUCCAGAUGGAGAAAUAUUACAAAGCAAGAUAAUGGAAGCGAGUAAAGAGUGGGGAAUGUUUCAAAUUGUGAACCAUGAGAUUCCAAAUGAUGUUAUAAAAAAACUACAAAGUGUUGGUAAAGAGUUCUUUGAGUUACCACAAGAAGAAAAAGAGGUUAUUGCUAAACCUGUUGGGUCGAAUUCAAUUAAAGGGUAUGGUACCAAUCUUCAGAAAGAUGUAAAUGGGAAGAAAGGUUGGGUGGAUCAUUUGUUUCAUAUUAUUUGGCCACCUUCUUCUGUUAAUUAUCGUGUUUGGCCUAACAAACCUGCUUCUUACAGAUACUAA